CAGCUGAACAACGUUAGGUCGUGUAUCUCGCAACUCACUAAGCUUACCCUUAUAGUCCACAUCCGUGAUGGAAUAGGAAUAAAAUCGAUGCCGUUGGCUGCACAAGGACGGAAGCUGUCGACGCGCUAGUGGCCGGAUCCUGGUCGCGUUCCGAAGUAGCUUGGGGGAGCGCCAUCCUUCUUCCAACAACUCCAUCGCGCCAUGAACAGCCAUCCUUCGCCCAUGGAGCACAUGGACGUCGAAAGGAGGUCGUCGUCGCCCAAGCGCAAAAAGGUCCGCCAAAAGUACGCGCCCAAAGCAUGUGUAUCAUGCAGGCGAUCCAAGCUCAAGUGCUCCGGCGAGAACCCAUGUCAACGGUGCAUGGAUAAUGGCAAGCGAUGCUUCUUCUCUGAAGACCAGACGGCCGCCGAAGCCCUGCAGAACCUUAGUCGACCGACGCCUGCCCUCCAGACCCAAGCCACGAACCCCAGCGGCAACGGCAACGGCCACAACGUACCACGAAGGAGCUUGAUGCCUUCCGACAACGGCACAGAGCGAAGGGCGAGCGAUGCCAGCACACGCGGCAUGACCAUGGAAUCACGCAUGGCCCGAAUUGAGGCCAUGAUGGAGGCUCUCAUGCGCGACCGAGGCCUGACCAUGACGCCAAUGGGCAGUGUGGAGCGCGAAGAGAACGGGAGUGAUGCCUUCAGGGGUGACGCCGUGCUGCCUGUCCCACCGCUGGAUCCCAUCAACCCAGCUCUCGCCUUCAUGGGGCAGCCUUCACUAUUCACACAAGAGUCGGCAGACUCAGCAAACCCAGACGCCGGCUCCCCUAUCAACACCGAGCACCUCAUACAAGUCGGCAACAGGAAGGUGCCCUUUCCUAGUUCCGCCGAUUACCAACAGUACCUAGCCUCCUUCUUCACCGACAUUCACCUGUCUCAUCCGUGCAUAGAUGAACCCGAAUUCCGCAACCGUAGCCAACACAUGCUAGCAAGCACGACCAUAUCAUCAGAAGAUUGUGAGUUCCUCGCACUGAACUACACAAUCUUCGCGUGCUGCGAUGUACUACUCAAUGUCGCACCCAUCGAUACUGGCAAGCCUAAGGGCUGGCGCUGGCUUGAGAUGGCUGACGAGCUUGUCGACAAGAGGUCGCUACUGAGUGGAAGUGGCGACUUGACGAUGAUGCAGUGCGCUCUAUUCCAGGCCAUCUACUACACCUACGCAGACAUGCCCGGUCCUGCCUACAACACUAUUGGUGCCGCUGCCAGACUCGCAUUCCAGUCGUGCCUGCAUCAACAGUCCACGUGGACGAAUAUCACAACCAUUCAAGCAUACGAACGCAUCUGCACGUUUUGGAACAUAUUCGUCCAGGACCGCUUCAUCUCUUUGACGUGUGGAAGACCGUAUACCAUUCACGAAACCGACAUUCAAGUCGAGGCGCCUGUAGAUCUGUCGCAAAGGGCAAACCUCUACCAAACCGAGGGUGAUGACCCCAGACCUUUCAUCGAUCACUACAUCCACUACGUCAUACUCUGGGCGCGUUACGCCGGAAACGCUGUCGACGGCCGUAGUCUCGAUAGCACGACGCAGGACAUCAUUGAUAGGCAGAUCUCCUACUUCCUCGAUCACGACUUACCAGAACUGAGGAUCCCAUACGCUCAGCGGGACGCUGGAACUGUACCACCGCUGAAGGUGUUCAUCACCCAGAAGAAGACAGACUUCGUUCUUUGGGGGCUACGUUCCGUCAUAAUCUCCCUGCAAUACGACGACAAUCACGCUGCUCACCUCAGCCAACUUGCCGGCUUCAGCCUCACCCGAAUGACCGCCUUUGCACAGGAUGCUAGUCAUUCAUUCAGCCUCCGCCAUCGCAUGACAUCGUCCCUGUCGAAUGCACUUCUGGUACUUUGCUCUCUUCUCGUUCGCAAUUCUGCUGGAAGGACACAGACCCACAUCGAGGCUUUUCGCCGUGCCGAGAACAUGCUACAUGACUUGGCAUUUAGUCAGCCAUAUGCGAAACGCGUCUUGUCUGAUUUCGAGAGCAUUGUGCGUGUGGUGGAGGAUUGCCUUGAUGGGAAAGAUGCCCCAGAGAAUGUCGCGGAGCUGUUUCCUUACCAGUCUUCGAGCGCUGACAUUCGUGGCGUACUGUGGUUGUAGUGAAUAAGAAAUGAGGGGGAAAGUGGCGUUUUUAUGGUUUCAAAUGUAUUUUACUCUGUGUACCAACUGCCUGCAUAGAUACCCAUUG